CCGGUUCCGGCUGCGAGCCGGCGAAGACAUGGCGGCGUCAGCGUCGGCGGCUGCCGGGGACGAGCACUGGGUCCUUCCCUCUGAGGUUGAAGUAUUGGAGUCGAUCUAUCUGGAUGAACUACAGGUGGUUAAAGGCAAUGGAAGGUCUUCGCCCUGGGAAAUCUCCAUCACUCUGUACCCUGCCACUGCAGAGGACCAGGACUCACAGUACGUCUGCAUCACUCUGGUGCUUCAGGUCCCGGCACAGUAUCCCAACGCCGUGCCACAGAUCUCCGUCCGAAACCCCCGAGGACUGUCUGAUGAGCACCUCCACACGAUCUCCCAGGCGCUGAGCCAUGUGGCCGAGGCCAGUCUGGGCACUGCCAUGCUCUAUGAACUGAUUGAGAAAGGGAAGGAGAUUCUCACAGAUAACAACGUUCCCCACGGCCACUGUGUCAUCUGCCUGUAUGGUUUCCAGGAGAAGGAGGCCUUUACCAAAACGCCCUGUUACCACUACUUCCACUGCCACUGCCUUGCGAGGUACGUCCAGCACAUGGAGCAAGAGCUGAAGGCGCAGGCACAGGAGCAGCAGCAUGCUGCCACCCGACAGGAGACAGUUGGUGUGCAGUGUCCAGUGUGCAGAGAGCCCCUCGUGUAUGAUCUGGCUGCACUGCAAGCCGCUCCUGAGCCCCAGCAGCCCAUGGAGCUCUAUGAGCCCGACGCCGAGAGCUUGCGCCAGCAGGACGAGCGCAAGCGGCUCUACCAGAGACAGCAGGAGCGGGGCGGCAUCAUCGACCCGGAGGCAGAGCGGAAUCGGUUCUUCAUUAGCCUCCAGCAGGCUCCUGCCCCGUCGCAGUCUGAGCCAUCUGAAAACGUCUCCAGAAGCCCUCCCCCACCUAGUGCCCUGGCCACAGAGCCGUCCACCUCACCCACUGCCCAGGCCACCCUGCCAGCUCCUCUGCCUGUGGCCUCCCAGCACACAUGUGAGAAGAUCCCAAGGGUGGGACCCCCUCGACCGAGGCUGGGUGAGACCCCAAAAGCUCCACCGGGUCCCCCGCGGGCCAGUCGAAACCCCUGGCACCCGCCCCCACCCGAGCGGCGGCCUCUGAAGGGAGGGCAGUGCUGUGCUUCCAAAGGCACCCGUGACGCUGAGGAACCACCACCUCCUGAGGGGCCCUUCAAGGAGCCCAUGGACCUCAACCAAGGGGUCCCAGGUCCUCCCCCAGAGAAAGGGCCUGGGGGCUGGCAGGGACCCCCGCCUCGCAGGACUCGGGACUAUGCUCGCUGGGAGCGCUCCAAAGGCCGGACACCAGGCUCUUCCUACCCCCGCCUGCCCCGCGGUCGGGGCGUCCACAGGCCUUCGGGCCGCAGGGAACCCCUGGGCCUGGAACCUGAGGAUGGUUCCUAGCAGGACUGCUGGGGGGACGGGGAGC